UCCCUCUCUCUUUUAUCUCCAUUUGUUCUUUCUGCGCCUUUGCACUUCCACACCACGCCACGAUGGCGACCAAUGCAGUUACUGGAACAUCAAUCUCCAUUUGCUCUCUCCUUCCUCGCUUUAAUCACACACUGGCAUUUAAUUCAAUUUCUGGCCCAAGGUCUGCUUUAAUUUCUAGCUACGGGAAGAAAAACGUUUCUUUUAGCUUGCAGCCACCCUCCGUUCGCCUUACAGUUUCCUGUGCUGCAAAACCAGAGACAGUAGACAAGGUAUGCAAAAUAGUAAAGAAGCAGCUGGCUUUACCCGGUAAUUCUAAAAUUACUGGGGAGUCAACAUUUGCAGCUCUUGGAGCUGAUUCCCUUGACACGGUUGAGAUCGUUAUGGGGCUCGAGGAGGAAUUUGGUAUUAGCGUGGAAGAGGACAGUGCGCAGAGCAUCACUACAGUUCAGGAUGCUGCAGAUCUUAUUGAAGACAUCAUUCAAAAAAAGAAUUCUUAGAGUAAACAUGUACCAGAAUGUUUUGGUUAACAUGAGCUCAUACUCUCCAUACUCGUCGAUACUUAUGAGAUGGGGCAAUUUUCAGUCUCGAGUGUGAUAGCGGUGAACUCUGCUAUUGCUAUUUUAGCAAGUUGAGAAGAAAAACAAGUUAGCCCAGCCUUUAUUUUUUUGAAAUUAUAUGAAGUGUUUUUUUUGGGUAGAUAACCUCACAAUCUACUCCCGUCACCUUGGUCUCGG